AUGAGUCGUGCUGAAGUAGAUUUACAAAUCAGUGUACGAAAAGCUUGCAACACUGAGGAAGUUCCUCCUAAGAGAAAGCAUGUUCGUGCUUGCAUUGUGUAUACUUGGGACCACAAAAAUUCAAGAGCAUUUUGGAACGCUGUCAAGAUUCAACCUUUACAGAGUAGUGAGGUCCAAUUGUUCAAAGCUUUGAUAAUGAUUCACAAGGUUCUCCAGGAAGGUCACCCCAAUACUUUGAAGGAUGGCUAUCGGAAUAAAGAUUUCUUGUAUUCUUUGUCGACAGUAUUUCCAAGCUCAAGCAGUUAUGGCCGUUUAAUCAAUCAAUAUGAUCGGUUUUUGUUGAGAAAAUUAGACUUCCAUCGCAACAAUCCCGGUUUUAAUGGAAUUUUUGAGUAUGAAGAGUAUAUUUCGUUGAGGACAGUCAAUGAUCCCAAUGAAGGCUACGAAUCCAUUUUGCAAUUGAUGGAUUUACAAGACCUGAUCAAUGACUUACAGAAACUCAUCUUUGCAACCAUCCACCAGACUCCAAACAACCUUUGCAAAGUUAGUGCAUUGGUACCUUUGAUUUCCGAAUCAUACGGAGUUUACAAAUUUUUGACAUCUAUGUUACGUGCCAUGUACCAACAGUUGGGAGAUGACGAUGUCAUGAGUACUCUUUUUGACCGAUUCUACUCUCAACACUUUAUUUUGAGGGAUUUCUACACUGAUUGUCAAUCAAUUAAAUUCUUGACUAGCUUAAUUACUAUUCCAAGACUAGGUGGAAAUCCCCCAAAUCUAAAAAUUUCUGACGAAGCCCAAGCAGUCACACCAUCAGCUAACGAGUCUGCCUCGCAGAUUUCUUUGCAACCUACAUCGAAUAUCGAUGUUGGUAAUGCAGCCCCCCCUCCUGUUGAUCUGGUGUAUUUGCAGCAAACCGGAAUUUUUGAUCAACAACAGCAGUUUGAACAAGAACAACAACAAUUAGAGUUGCAACGCCAACAACAACUCGAAGAACAAGCAAGAAGGCAGCAAUUAUUUGAACAGCAGAAGAAAGAACAGGAAGAUCGUCUCCUUCAAGAACAGGAGAUGUUGAGGCAGCAGCAAACUCAUGCAAAUCAACUGAGGGUCUCUGAAUUAGAACAUGAUCUCGUAAUGUUCAAAAACCAAUUUGACAAUGACCAAGCUCUUCUUCUGCAAUAUGAUUCCAGAGUGAAAUCUUUGGAAACUGAGUUAUCCAACAUCAAUGAUACUGCCACUCAACAGAUUGCUUCAAAAGAUGAACAAAUCAGGAAUUUGGAGGAGCAAGUUAACAGCUGGGCUAGAAAAUAUGAGUCUUUGGCCAAAUUGUACUCCCAAUUGCGCCUGGAGCAUUUGAAUCUCUUGGCCAAGUUCAAGAAGAUUCAGCAAAGAAUCAGCAGUGCCCAGGAAUCGAUCUUGAAGAAAGAAAAGCUCGAAAAAGAUCUCAAGUCCAAGAAUUUAGAAUUGGCAGACUUGAUUCGUGAACGUGAUCGUGCUCGUCUUGAUUUGGAUAGGGUGAGAGCCUCAAAAGAUCAAGAGAUCGAGAAAUUGCAAGCAGAAAUUCGGGAAUUGUCUGCGCAGGCAAGCGAUUCAGGGCGCUUACAUGACACAAAUAUAACUUCAAUUGCUGCAAGGCACCAAAGGGAACUCGACCGUCUCAAUGCAGAACUAGUGGAAAAGAAUUUGCAACUUACUUCUUUGGGAGACCUUUCUGGACUUCAAGAAAAGUUGAAGGAGAAAGAAAUAGAUUUGGAAAUUACGCAUGAAUCAUUAGACGCCGCACUUAGGGAAUUAGCAGUUGCGAAAAGAGGUGAAGGGGUUGGGAAGCUUUUGAAUUUGCUUGAUGUCAUCUUGGCGAACAACGUGAGACGAAUCCAAGACUCAAAGUACGAAUUGACUUCCCCAAUGCAAGCCGGAAACCCAAAUGCUACUCCCGAAUACUUGCUUUCAAUCAUUGAUUUAUGCUCUGACACUGCUACUGACUUUGGCCUGGCUUUCAACGAUUUUAUUGCAGAAGGAAGAAACAUAGAUGAGGGCAUUGAUGAUAGUGCAUACGCUUCAAUUAUUUUAGCAAGUUCUGAACUCACUGCAACUGUCAAUGACUUAAUGUUAAACGCCAAAGGUCUCAGUAUGGUAAUUCCAACUGGUGACGACGAAAAACUCACCCAGCUUGUGUCUGGUGUGUUAGAAGGGGCGGAGCUCUUCUUCCUGAGUUUGACUACCGAUAUUAUUGAAGAUUUGGAAACUGAUGAUGACAAAAUUGAUUUCGUGAUCGACUGCAACGUUUCAUUCCAGAAAUUGUUACAAAAGAUGUCUUCCUUUGUUGAUACAUUGAGAAGGUCCACUUCGAGCAUUUCUUUAAAAGGUGAUAUCGAAGAUGCCGUUGACAACGAGUUGGAUGAAACGGCAAAGGCUGUCAAGUCAGCUGCGGAAUUUUUGAGUAAUCUUAUGAUGACAGCAACCAAUGGUGAUAAUGUGGAGAUUGAUGAAGCCAUCUUGGCUGCUGCCUUAGCGAUUACUGAUGCCAUAACAAAACUCAUCUUGGAUGCCGCUGAAUCACAACGUGAAAUUGUCAACCGUAAUAAGGGGUCUGGCUCGAGAAGAGAGUUCUACAAGAAAAAUAAUAGAUGGACCGAAGGAUUGAUAAGUGCGUCCAAAGCUGUCGCAGGUGCAACCAAUGUUCUCAUCCAAACAGCAGAUGGGGUUCUCAAGACGGUCAACUCGCAUGAGCAACUUAUUGUCGCAUGUAACGAAGUUGCUGCUUCCACAGCACAACUAGUUGCCGCAUCCAGGGUGAAAGCUAAUUUCAUGUCUCCAACUCAAGAGAACUUAGAAAGUUCUUCAAAGCUUGUCAACUUGAAAUGUAAAGCUCUAGUUUCGAAAGUUCAGCACUUGAUAUCUCGUGAGGAGAAUAAUGAAAAGACUGUUGACUUGAGCAAAUUAACUCCUUACGAAGGCAAGACGCUCGAAAUGGAGCAGCAAGUUCAGAUUCUCAAACUUGAAAAUGCGCUCAACUCAGCAAGAAAGAAACUUACAGAAAUCAGAAAAAUUGGGUACCAAGACAACUACACUUUGGAAACCGCCUGA